GAUCAGUAUUCCUCUAAGAAAUUGGCAACACUGUUGGGCAGCUGCUGCGGAGCGCGCUGCAAGCAAAUAAGAAUUGAAAAAAACCGCAUUAAAAUUGUGAAAAGUGCACAAAUUACACUUAAAGUAAGCAUAAAUGAACAGUGUUAAGUAAUUUGAUCAAGGAAUCGCAUUAUAUUCUCAGCAAAAACGACGGCAGAAAAAGUUUAACUACAACAGCAACAACAAUAACAAUAGUCAGCAGUGUGUGCAAGUGGAUACCUUUCAAUGGCCGCCACUACAACAACAACCACAACACUAGCAACAACCACCAAUAUAAGCCACAACAACAACAACACCAACAACAGCAACAACAUCAGCAGCAAUAAUAUCAAUAAUAACAGCAAUAACAAUCACAUUGUAACGGUACACACCGUUUUAAGCACACCCACCUCCGCAGCCGCCGCCGCUGCUGCCGCCGACGCGGCAACUGUUGCCAUAGCUAAGGACAUGCUGCAGCUGCAUCAUGGCGCCGCCGCAGCGUUAAAUAAUAACAAUAACAACAACAACAGUACGAAUAAUAAUAGCAGCAGCGUCGAAUUGGCCACCAAUCAAAAUAAUAACAACAACAACAAUAAUAGUAACAACACCAACAAUAACAACUCAGCAAACCACCCACCUGCCCACGCCCAUGUCGUAGCCAGUGGCGGUAACUCAAGUUCACCGCCAGCGAAUGCAUUCGGAGUGCUGCGCUUCAACGAGGACCUGCUCCAUAUUACGGACGAAGUGACCGUCAUUGGACGCAAUUCAUCCACAUCUCUGGUGCACUUUAACGUGGCCGAGAACAAUUUGGUCUCGCGCAAACAUUUCCAGGUGCUCUACGAUCCGGAACGUCGCGCCUUCUUUGUGCAGUGCCUCAGCAAGAAUGGUAUUUUCGUUGAAGAUUUUCUACAGCGACGCAAUGUGGAUCCACUGCGAUUGCCCCAACGUUGCUUCUUUCGAUUCCCGAGCACCGAGAUACGCAUCGAAUUCGAGAGUUUUGUGACACCGCCGGCAGAUAUUGUGCCUGAUGCAGCGCCAGUUUUAAGCAGUCCAGUUGCUGUUGGUCCGGCUGGUGCUCAUGUCAUUAUAACGCCGCCGCCUCGCGAUGAGCUGCAUUCGGUGCAAGUGUCACAUCAUCACAGCCAACAGCAGCAGCAGCAACUGCAGCCAGCGCAUCACAUGCAGCAGCAACCUCAACAAUCGCUGCCGCCGCAUCACCCACUCCCACAUACACCACACCACCCGCUUCACCACACAUCUCUGCAGCAACAGCAGCAGCAGCAACAACAACAACAGCAGCAGCGUUUGCCAGGAGCGCCAACAACAGCGUCCCAUCAGUUGCCCGGCGUAGGCGAUGGCAUCUACUCACCGCUCAAAAUUUCAAUACCCAAAAAGGAGAAGAGCCCCUAUCUAUCACCAACUGGUACAAUAAGCGCUGCCAACAGUUGUCCGGCUAGUCCACGUCAGGGUUUCCACCAGAAUCCGACUAAUAGCUACAAUAAUUAUAGCAACAACAAUACGCAGGAUCUAUUCCAGACACCGUCUACAGCCAGUUAUAAUCACAAUGAGAAGCCGCCGUAUAGUUACGCCCAGCUGAUUGUCCAGGCCAUAUCUGCCGCACCUGACAAGCAGCUGACUCUUUCGGGCAUUUAUUCAUUCAUUGUCAAGCAUUAUCCUUACUACCGCAAGGAGACCAAUAAGGGCUGGCAGAAUUCCAUACGUCAUAAUCUCAGUUUGAAUAGGUAUUUCAUCAAGGUGGCGCGUUCGCAAGAUGAGCCCGGCAAGGGAUCCUUCUGGCGCAUCGAUCCGGACAGCGGCGCAAAGCUGAUCGAUCAUAGCUACAAGAAGCGUCGCCAACGUAGCAGCCAGGGCUUCCGUCCGCCCUAUGGCAUGCCACGAUCGGCGCCCGUUUCGCCCAGUCAUAUGGACAACUCUCGUGAGAGUUCACCACUUCAGGAUAUUGUGCUGCAAUCAGCACCUGGUUCACCUGGCAUGUCCCUCGAACAGCGUGCCGCUGAUGCUGAAAUAAUCUACAACUCUCAGAAUGCACACCAGCAGCAGCAGCAGCAGCAACAUCAACAACAGCCGCCUCAGACGUUGCCCAAUAAUUCCAAUCAAUACAACAGUGGCAGUCCGUACUAUGUAACCAAUCAAAAUGCUGGAGUUACCGUGCAGCAGGCGCACAUAGAUGGCGGAGGUGGAAGUGUUGGAGCUUUGAUUGCGCUCAAGCGGAAUCACGUAAUGGCCGUGUCGCAUCCGGCUUCGACAACGCUACAUCAACAGCCGCAACAACAACAGCAGCAACAGCAUCAUCCUGAGAUUAUCUACGAAGAGCUGCCAACAGAUUAUAGCGGUCAUAUGGAGGCCGGCGAGGAGGAAUGCGUUACCGCUGAUGGCGCUGCGGCCAAGCGUCCCAAAUAUGUGUCUGAAGUGCUCUGAUGCGUGCGCAUUCAGAAACAGAAACACAACAAAGGCAAAUAAUAACAAUAAUAAUAUGCAGAGAAUUAAUCGCAAUUUGGGAAGUUGUCCAACAGAAGCGACAACGAUUCUACAGCUGCGGCAUUGGAGGUGAGCAGAUUAGAAAACUCAGAAACAGUUUAAAACCAAGCAAAUAUGCUAAAUGCAUAACAAAGCCCACUUGAAGGAAAUUUCUAGAAAGCAAAAAAACAACAAAAUUAAGUAUCUCCAUCUUGUAUAUUGAAUUUGCCAAUCCCAAACAAAAACCGCCCUUCCCCCACAAAAAAAAUGAAAAUAAUAUUGAUACGGAAUGAAUGUUUAUAAAUAGAAACUGUGAGAUUGUGUUUAUUUGAUGACCGUAAAACGGUUAAAACGGCGUGACAAGCACUUCCUCUCCCCCUUCACCCCGUACACUACUCCAUCAUUUUACGAUAUAACCCUUAGAUCUGACAAAUUCAAUAUGCUCGAUGACGCUACUCUCUAAGUACAUAUAAUAAUUCUUAAGAUAUAAAUCGAAGUAAUGCAAACAACACAAAAACAAAACAAACAAAAAAAAAGAUGAUAUAUAUGAGUAUAUAAAUAUAUAUACGAUUGAUUAUUGUAAUGAUGUUUAAGAUGUUAUAGCUAUGUGACCGAAUGCGCGAUAAACGAGAGAAAAUUAGGGGUAAAACCAAGCAAACAACACAACAAA